AUGCUGAUGCCAGCCCACUUCCUGCUGUUACUGCUGUUGCUCCUAGGGACCCCAAGUGCAGGCCUCUCCCAUAAGUUCUACAAAGCUGAGUCCAUCUUCAGCUGCAUCAAUGCAGCCCUGUCUGAAACCAAAAAGAGCCAGUUGGAGGAUGAACCUCUACUGAGUAAGAGAAACUUCCACUAUCUGCCUAGCCAAGACUCAUCUUCAGGAGCAGAGGAAGAGGAAAAAAAUGAGGACAAGGAGAAAAGGACCUUUCAUGGUUCUGGAGGUGGGGGUGGAGGUGGAAGUACCCGGUACAAAUCCCUGUCCCAAGCACAGCUCAAGGGGAAGCUCUACCAGGACAAGGCCAAGAGUGAUCGACGUACCAAGUUCACUCUGUCCCUCGACGUCCCCACUAAUAUCAUGAAUAUCCUCUUCAACAUUGCCAAGGCCAAAAACUUGCGAGCCAAGGCAGCAGCCAAUGCCCACCUGAUGGCACAGAUUGGGCGGAAGAAGUAG